GGUAAUAAUUUGUAGCUGAUUUAACCAAACCAUUAGUUCUACAAACAUUUUCCCUCUCACUACUCAAAAAUGUUUGUUUGGCUCAAAAUGUUGAACAUUUUUUAAACAAGCGAAGAUGGACUAGCAAACGACGUCGUAGCUUUGGGGGUAGGAAGGGGUUAGCCUGAAUCACAAAAUGAUAAGGCGACGAGCCUGGAAAAUACAGGGCGAGAAAAGGGAGAAGAAUCCAUUGAAGGGGAAGAAUUUCUGGGCAAUGAGUCCUUAUUUGUGGCACAAAAUCGCUGCAAUUUCUGGUGUAGCCGCUCUUGGAUUGGGCACUUAUGGUGCCCACGGAUUCAAGCCCAAGAACCCUACCUACAAAGAGUUAGCUAGUGUGGCAAACAGCCUCACUCUACCAUCUGGUUCACACAGCAGCCCUAGUUGCUUCUCCCAUUACCAAACGCCCACACAUUUUUGGAGGGCUUUUAACUGCUGGGAUUGUUGCAUUUUCCGGAACGUGUUAUACAGUUGCAUAUCUUGAGGACCGAAAGUAUUCAAAGUUAGCACCGUUGGGUGGUUUUGCAUUCAUUGCUGCUUGGGGCAGUUUGUUGUUUUAGAAUCCCCAGAUUUGUGAUUCUUUCUGCCCGUUCUUUCCCUAUGUAAUUCAAAGUGUCUUUGUUGCAACCCUCCUGAACUCCUAUGCAUAGUGAUAUUCAUCUGCUUUAAUUUAAAUACAGAGUAUUAAUUUGA